GUGAGUCAUGAGUGUACAGGCACGUACAAUAUUUCGCAGUUUUCGCACCAGAUUCGUACAGUUGGCUCCACAGUCCACACCACAAGCUCCACUUCAUUUGCUCAAUUUGCUGCACAAACUUGUCAGUGUCGGUCGGUACAGCGUCACCCAACAUUUGAUUUUUAGACAACACACCAGAACAGCACAAUGGACGAGGAAAAAGUUGUGAAGAUGAUCCAGUCUUGCUUGAUUUUGGACAAAAAAUGCGUCACCACCAGGGAACUGACAAGGCUGUUCAGGGACCAAGUUGGAUCGUCAAUCCCUUAUGCCAGGCUUGGCUAUCCUACCCUAGUCUCUUUCCUGAAAACCAUUCCUGGUGUCCAUAAGGCAGGAACAACUCCAGACGGAGACAUUCUCUUAGGCUACGAUGCCUCACAUAGCAACAUGGGGCACAUUCAGGAAUUGAUCCAGCGCCAACAGGCCAAGAGAAAACCAGCUUCUGCCAAGUACUCUGUCAAGCGACCUAUGCAAGUUUCUCAGAGUCGCUUCCAUUACUCUCAGUCUAUGAGGUCUUAUCAUCAACAGCAAAUGUCUUUGCCCAAGUGGCCCAAACAUCCAUCUGUUGAGAUGCAUCGGCCAAUUUCCUCUGCUCCUGAUGCCAAGCAAAAUUACUUUGCUACUGCUGGUCCCUCUCAACCUUCCCUGAGCAGUUUCCAGAACACCAACCUCCAGGUUGCCAAAGAGGAACCAUUCUUUAAGCAACAAAAGCCAUAUGAAGAGUCUAAGCCAGCAUCUGACGUACCCAAGAAAGCCUUGUAUGAAAGUGGCCAAGGUGAUAGGAAGUCAAUUUCGUUCACCUCUGAACAAAAGGAGAAUCUGUUUGCCAACUUGGAUUUGCACAAGCAAAUCAAUUAUUUGCACAAGCAAUUCAAUACUCAGAACAAGGUUACGAGUGGUUCUGAAAAUGUGAACCCUGCAUGUGGUUUCAAGCCAAUAACAGACGUUGAAAUGGAUAACAAUGCCAAGCUGAACAUGAAAGAUGCAGAUGUUGUUGAUAAUGGAAGCUUUGGUAAAAUGCUGAAGGAAACGCAUGAAAUUGCAAAGGACGAUCCUGCUGCUGUUAUGGUUGAGGAACCCAUUGUGAAACCACCAAAAUCUCCAAGGACUGAAAAUCCAAUGAUAAGAAACCAUCAGUUGGUUGGUGACGACUUCCUGAUGUACUUGGCCUUUAGGAACUUGAGGGGUGUCAUGAGGAAGGGAUUCCCAGAGACAAAUUCUCUUUACUGUGGAUUUUGUUUCUCGGGAGCAACCACACAGAAAGCAAUUCGCUACUUGCGAGACUUCAAGGACUUCAUCUGGCACAAGAAAAUUGUGAUGCUUGGUCACAUGGACAUUUUGGAAGAGGGUUACAAUUUUGAGAAGAGCAAGUACAACAUGAGUGUGAUCUUGGAAGACCUUUACUGGCGAGGAACCAAGACCAAAGUACUGACCUUGCCAUUUUUGGACCAUCACCCUGGUUCAGAGAAGCACAUUCACGAGUGGAAUAACUGGAUUCGCACUCUGACUAAGAAAGACUAUGUUGAGGAAGUGCUUGAUUUGGAGAAGGCAAUUACCAGUGAAUUGCCUAUUCAGGACGUUUACAAAACUCACAGGCACUACCCCAGAGGAAUGAAUUUCACCAUUGGAAUGUGGUCUCAUUCGACCAGAGCUUACAUCCAAAAGUUUCUCCAUGAAAAUGCUGGAAUUCGUUAUUAAUUAACGAAUGUCUUCUAAAAAGACAUGUUUAGUUCCAUAGUUUCCAUCACUCACCUAAGGUUGUGUGUUACUCUUAUUUUAUAUUACAUAGUUUCACCAAAAAGCAUUGAUUGAAAUGGUGGGACUUAAAUUUAUGUAAACUAUUACAUAUCAUCCCAUUCUUAAUUUCUUUGGAAAGUUAAUAAUUUUCCAGACUGAUUCUGUUCAAAAGCUUUAUGUAGAAAUGAAACAUAAACAUGCUAAAAUGAGGAAUAAAUAAUCUUUAGAUACAUUUACUCAGUUAAAAAUAACUGAUACAAUUUGGAUGGAAGUAUACUGAAA